UGUGUUGUUCUGCUUUACUCAUUUCAGUAAGUUAAGUGGAAAAACAAUAAUCACCUCCAACAAUAUCUUUGCCCCACUUCUCACUAUACCUACUUAAGUAGAUAGAGAGUAAGAAAUUUACAAAAUAUUGAAUUCAAAUAUCAAAAGCAUUCACCUUUGAAGCCUUGGAACUUCAAUAUAUUCUCUUCUCUUUAGACUUAUCUUUUCUUUACUCUGCUAAUAUACUAGUACUGCUAGUAGAAGUAAGGGCAGGAGUGGUUCUAGCAAGCUAUGGCUUCCAGUAGAAUCAGAGCUAUCACUUUCUUUCUCUUGUUUUCACUUUCUGCAGCUCAAUUCAACAAUGACACCGACACAUUAAUUCGGUUUCGCUCUCAGACGGAUACUCAUGCCAACCUCCUCGCAAAUUGGAGCUCUGGAGAUGCUUGUACAUCUGCAUGGAAUGGCGUCAAGUGCAUAAACGGCCGAGUAGCAUUUCUCGUUCUUCCUUCUUUAGAUUUACGAGGUUCGAUUGAUUCAUUAGCCAAACUAGACCAGCUUCGAGUGUUAGACCUCCAUAACAACCGUCUCUACGGUUCUGUUCUUCCCAUUACAAACUGUUCUAAUCUCAAGCACCUUUACCUUUCUAGAAAUGAUUUCUCAGGAGAUAUACCUAGAGAAAUUGGAUCUCUGAAUCGUCUUCUCAGGCUUGACAUCUCAGAUAACAAUCUCAAAGGUCCUAUCCCUGAUGGGUUCUCCAAACUGACCCAUCUCAUUACUGUCCGCCUUCAAAAUAAUAUUCUCUCAGGGCCAGUUCUUGAUCUCUUUUCAGCAUUACCCCAGCUUAAAGAGUUAAACCUGUCAAACAAUCAGCUGUACGGACAGGUGCCGGAGGAUUUACAGAAGAAAUUCGGAGUGCGGAGCUUUGAUGGAAAUGCAGGUCUUUGUGGAUCCACCCCACUUCCUGUUUGCUCGUCUAUGAGUCCUCCAGUACCUGAUCAGUCUGUGGUUCCUUCAAAUCCUAGCUCCUUACCUACAAAGAACGAUGACAGAGAAAAAGGAGAGUCUCGUGGAGGCAUGAGUACUGCUGCAAUUGUUGGGAUUGUUGUGGGAAAUGCUGUUGUCUUACUGAUAAUCACAUCUUGCGUCGCUGCUUAUUUCUGUAGGAGAUACACCAGAGAAAUGAGGGAAAAGAGGAGGGAGAGCAAUUGUUCUAGUGAGAAGAAGGUUUAUGCAGGUGCUAAUGGAAAUGGAGAGAGCGACCCAGAUAGAAGUAAGCUUGUAUUUUUUGACAGGAGAAAGCAAUUCGAGCUGGAGGACCUGCUCCGGGCCUCUGCUGAGAUGUUGGGGAAGGGAGGCCUAGGGACAGUUUAUAAAGCUGAGCUCGAGAAUGGGUCGAUCAUAGCAGUGAAGAGACUUAAAGAUGCCAACCCUUGUUCACGGAAGGAAUUCGAGCAGUACAUGGAUAUGAUUGGAAAGCUUAGGCAUCCCAACAUUGUCCGACUUAGAGCCUAUUACUUCGCCAAGGAAGAAAAGCUUCUGGUGUUCGACUACCUUCCUAAUGGAAGCUUAUUUUCACUUCUCCAUGGAAAUCGAGGGCCAGGGAGAAUACCUUUGGACUGGACAACAAGAAUCAGCAUAGUGCUGGGAGCAGCGCGCGGACUGGCUAAGAUCCAUCAAGAGUUCAAUGCACUGAAGAUACCUCAUGGGAAUGUCAGAUCAUCAAAUGUGCUUCUCGACAAGAAUGGUGUAGCUUGUGUGUCUGAUUUUGGGUUGGCUUUGCUUCUCAACCCAGUUCAUGCCACUGCAAGAUUGGGUGGAUAUAGAGCACCUGAGCAAGCAAAAUUCAAGAAGCUAUCUCCUCAGGCUGACGUUUACUCCUUCGGAGUUUUAAUAUUGGAAGUAGUUACAGGGAGGGCUCCAUUGCAAUAUCCUUCUUCAGCUCGUAACACAGAGAGACAAGACGUGGAUGUAGAUCUUCCAAGAUGGGUUCGGUCGGUGGUCAAGGAAGAGUGGACCGCUGAGGUUUUUGAUCCGGAGCUGCUGAGGUACAAAAACAUCGAGGAGGAGCUAGUGGCAAUGCUACAUGUGGGAUUAGCUUGUGUCCUAGAGCAAGUAGACAACAGGCCCAAAAUGUCUGAGCUUGUGAAGAUGAUUGAGGACAUUCGGGUGGAGAAAUCACCCCUGGGGGAAGAUGAUGAAUCUCGCCCUUCAGUCUCACCUUCACUCGCCACUACUGCCACCACUGCAACUGAAGACGCUUAACUACCUAUUUAUUGAUCCGUUACUUCCAACUUGCCCUCUAUUUCUCUUUGGAUCUGUUUAUUCAGCAAUUGGCAUCAUCUUCUUCAUUUGAGCCUUCUAGUUGCCAACUGCUUGUUGACACAACAACCAAAAACCUGUUAGCUAUGUACUAGGUUUAUUUAAGAUAAUGUUUGAUACCUGUACUGUUUCCAGAAGCAGAAAAAAAGUGUGUAUAUUCUAAUUAACCAAUAAACGGAGUAUUUGUCUCCAAUCUUCCUGG